AUGAAAACUCACUCUAGUCAUCAGUUGUAAUGCGCAGAGACCUUUUUUUGGUGAAAUUUUUUUUUCCACGAUUAUAAAUUUAAAAUUGUGACUUUAAAAAACGUGAUAAAAAAAAAUGUGUCCAAUUAUAGUAUCGGGAAUAGACGAAACUCUUUUCCUACCGCGACUAUUUCUAAACUCCUAUUGAUUCGAGUAUUCUCUGAGUAUCCAAAUUAUAAAUCGUUAGUUGGGUUAGAGAAUAAAAUUUAAUUCCGAACAUUCCGAUCAUUAGUUAUCUCGCGGGAGACGUUCUCGUGUAAUAGUUUUUGGCGAUGCGCCGACGCGUAGACAGUAGAUGGUGUAGUUAUUAAAAUCGUGGUGGGCAAAUGGGUAAUGAGUUUGCUCAGCGUGGAACUGAACGUGUAUUGGUGGUGGGAAUUACGUUUGGGCUUUUACAAGAGGGCGCUUUGGAAAGACAAGGACACCGAGGAGUCUACGUCAGGAAAAGCUCAAUGCUUAUUGGUCCCGGUGCAUUGUUACGUAUUGAUUGCCGCAGAGUGUGUUAGUCGUGUAGUGGUACUAUUUUCUUUUCGUCAUAGUAGUCGUAGUCAUCGUCAUCGUCGUCGUUCGAGGGAAUCACUUGAUCGUCGUCGUCGUCGUAGUCGGUGACGGUUAUGGCGUGCUGGCGACGAGUCAAGUCAACGUGAUACAAAGCGGCUGAGUAAAAUAAAAAGCUUAAUAAAUAAUAAAAAGUUUCGUAAAUUAGACUUUUUCAAUUUUUUUUUGUUUAUUUUUUUGUUGCAAAACGAAAUUGAACAGUAGUCGAAAUCGUGAAUUAGUCUGCCUUAAAAUCGUCAGUAAUUCGUCUGUGUACUUGAAAAAAGUGUUAAAGGUUCGCUUUUGGGUUUAGGAUAGCGCACACAUUGGGUACACGAUUACUUGAUACUCGUCCACAAUAAACCCUUGUUGCCGUGCUAAAGUAGUGGGAGAAAACGGCACCACCGUCGACGAGGGUGUACGUCAGUGGUGUAUGUCAGCAGUGUGUCAGUCGUGCUUUGCUAUUAGUGCUUAAAUAAAAGUGGUGGUAGAGUUGUAGUGGUGCUGAUGUUGAUGGUGGUGGUGGUUGUGCUGGUUCUGUUGGUGGUGGUGACCAGUGUAAGGUUUUUUCUCUCAGAUCCUACUAUCCACGUUUGCGACCUCCUUUGUCCACGCGUGAAGGCCAUCAGUAUAGGCUCUCAGUUAUCACGACAUGUAUCCGCGGGUGGUCUAUGAUCUAGUUUCUAAAAUAAAAAAUAAAUAAUAUAAUAAUAGAUAGUGCGAUAGAGAAUCCCGUUUAUAACGAGAUUCGCGUUAUAAAAGGAUUUUGUACGUGUUUUACUAUUGAGUUAUAAAUUAUUAUUAUUAUUAUUUAUAUAAUUAUUGGUUGAGUAAAGUGGUGCACGCAACAGUCACGACGUGGACGUACUCGUCGUCGUGAUUGUCUUCGCGCAUUCGUCAACUUCCGGGUCACCGCACCAGGGUAAAACGCGGCGCUGGUUAUGCCUUUUGAUAUCAUUAUUAUCAUCAGUAUCAUCACUGAUGACGUUAUUUGAUAGUUACAUGACAUUUACCUCGAUAAAUAAUUAUUGAGGCCUUAACAAAAAACCUUGAAAUAAUAGUAAUAGAUAUAAUAAGACAGUCCACCCAUAGGUACGGUAAUUGUCGUGGUAGUGUGGUAACAGUGGUAGUUAUAAUUUAACCUACCUGGAAUAAAUUAUGAAGCAUCAUCGUAUCAAACGUAUAAUAAUAAGAGUGGCUGGUGAUAGGGGCCGGUGAAUGUGUGACCCGGGGGCAGAGAUCUGCUGGAAUGACGUGCGACGAGACGACCGAGCGGCCUCCGGUAGACGAAUGCCUCCUGGUACGGAAAUGGUGGUGCUUUAUAUUAUCAAGCAUCUUCACAUUUCUCGCCGGGCUGUUGAUCGUCUUGCUCUGGCGAGCAUUUGCCUUCCUUUGGUGUCGCAAGGAGCCGGAAUUCGCUCCAAAUGACCCAAAGCAAAAAGAACAGAAGGCUGCUCGCCAGAGCAAGGAGUUCGAAGGUACCUUUAUGACAGAGGCUAAAGAUUGGGCUGGUGAACUUAUUUCUGGACAAACUACCACCGGUCGAAUCUUGGUCGUACUCGUCUUUAUCCUCAGUAUCGCGUCAUUGAUAAUAUAUUUUAUUGAUGCCUCGAAUGAAGAGGUCGAACGUUGCCAGAAGUGGAGCAACAACAUUACUCAGCAGAUAGACUUAGCUUUUAAUAUAUUUUUUAUGGUCUACUUUUUUAUACGCUUUAUCGCCGCCAGUGACAAGCUGUGGUUCAUGCUGGAGAUGUACUCAUUUGUGGACUACUUUACGAUACCACCGUCUUUCGUAUCGAUCUAUUUGGAUCGAACGUGGAUCGGGCUGCGGUUUCUUCGAGCCCUACGACUGAUGACGGUUCCGGACAUUCUCCAGUACCUCAACAUUCUAAAGACAUCGAGUUCCAUUCGUCUCGCCCAACUCGUCUCCAUAUUCAUUUCCGUUUGGCUUACCGCUGCUGGCAUCAUUCAUUUGCUUGAAAACUCAGGAGACCCUUUCGAGUUCGCAAACCCACAACCACUUUCUUAUUGGACGUGCGUUUAUUUCCUGAUCGUCACAAUGUCAACGGUAGGAUACGGCGAUGUUUACUGCCAGACUAUUCUUGGCCGUACAUUCCUAGUAUUUUUUCUACUUGUCGGUUUGGCCAUAUUCGCCAGUUGUAUCCCCGAGAUAAUUGACCUGAUCGGGACGCGAAACAAGUACGGCGGCACUUUGAAGAACGAGCGAGGUCGCAGACACAUUGUUGUGUGCGGCCAUAUCACCUACGAGUCAGUGUCGCAUUUCCUGAAGGACUUUUUACACGAGGAUCGUGAAGAUGUCGACGUCGAAGUCGUCUUUCUGCAUAGGAAGCCACCAGAUCUUGAGUUGGAGGGUCUUUUCAAACGGCACUUCACCACCGUCGAGUUCUUUCAGGGAACCAUCAUGAACCCAAUUGAUCUGCAACGGGUCAAGGUUCACGAAGCAGAUGCAUGCCUGGUUCUUGCUAAUAAAUACUGCCAGGAUCCCGAUGCAGAAGAUGCAGCUAAUAUUAUGAGAGUUAUCUCCAUUAAAAAUUAUUCUGAUGACAUUCGUGUUAUCAUUCAAUUAAUGCAGUAUCACAAUAAGGCCUACUUAUUAAACAUUCCAUCAUGGGACUGGAAACAGGGGGAUGAUGUCAUCUGUUUGGCGGAACUCAAAUUGGGUUUUAUAGCGCAGUCAUGCCUCGCACCAGGAUUUAGUACAAUGAUGGCCAAUUUAUUCGCCAUGCGAUCUUUUAAGACGUCACCCGAUAUACAGGCUUGGCAGAAUGACUACCUCCGGGGAACAGGGAUGGAGAUGUACACCGAGACACUGAGCCCUACCUUCAUCGGAAUGCCCUUUGCCAAAGCCACCGAGUUGUGCUUCACUAAAUUGAAGCUACUGCUGCUAGCAAUAGAGAUCAAAGGAGAAGGGGGUGCAGAUAGUAAGAUCUCGAUUAAUCCACGAGGUGCCAAGAUCGCUGCCAAUACUCAAGGAUUUUUCAUUGCUCAAUCAGCUGACGAAGUUAAACGGGCAUGGUUUUACUGCAAAGCAUGCCACGAGGACAUCAAAGAUGAAACACUUAUCAAGAAAUGCAAAUGCAAAAACUUGGCUACAUUCCGGAAAGGCGUACGGGCCGUUCAAAUGGUCGGAAGAGCAAGUGAAGACUUCUCGUACUCAAACGACCAUCAUCCUCCCCCCACAUUCACUCCGCCAGAACUGCCCAAGAUGGUUCACGUGAGAGGUGAGAUCAGCCGCGAACGAGAUGAUCCUACUGCUAUGAGAAAUCAUCGAAAUUCAGUAGGAAUGACGACGAUAAAUUCGACGAAACAAGUGAAUAAAGUUAAGCCAAACGUGAAUAGAACAGCAAACGACAGUUUGUCAAGUCCGAACCAACCGUAUAAUCAGAGAUCACAAGAGGAGUCCGCAUACUCUGGCUACCAUCUCGCCUACGAAGUCAAAAAGCUCAUGCCAACGAGUAGAGGCUCAGGAGGUACGAAUGUCAACAAUAACGGUGGCCUUCAGAUCGGAAUCGCCGAUGACCAGGCCAAGGACUUUGAUUUCGAGAAGACGGAAAUGAAAUAUGACUCAACAGGGAUGUUUCAUUGGAGUCCUUCACGCAAUCUUGAAGACUGUAUACUCGACCGAAAUCAGGCGGCAAUGACAGUACUUAAUGGUCACGUGGUAGUUUGUCUAUUUGCUGAUCCUGAUUCACCUUUAAUAGGACUAAGAAACCUGGUUAUGCCAUUACGAGCUUCCAAUUUCCAUUACCACGAGCUUAAACAUGUAGUAAUAGUUGGGUCUGUUGACUACAUAAGACGCGAGUGGAAGAUGUUACAAAACUUACCAAAAAUAUCAGUACUCAAUGGUUCACCAUUGAGUAGAGCAGAUUUACGUGCCGUGAAUGUAAAUCUUUGCGACAUGUGUUGCAUUCUGUCGGCAAAAGUGCCUAGCAAUGACGAUCCAACCCUCGCCGACAAAGAGGCAAUACUUGCGUCCUUGAACAUUAAAGCGAUGACGUUUGACGAUACAAUAGGAGUAUUAAGUCAAGUCGGAAGCCCUAUAGUACUGCAGCGACGAGGAUCAGUUUACGGAGCUAAUGUGCCGAUGAUCACAGAACUUGUAAAUGAUAGUAAUGUUCAAUUCCUUGAUCAAGAUGACGACGAUGACCCCGAUACAGAACUCUACCUCACACAGCCGUUUGCCUGUGGCACUGCCUUUGCUGUCAGCGUAUUAGACUCGCUCAUGUCAACGACUUACUUUAAUCAGAACGCAUUGACUUUAAUCCGGUCGUUGAUAACCGGUGGAGCUACACCUGAAUUAGAAUUGAUUCUUGCUGAAGGUGCAGGAUUAAGAGGUGGAUAUAGUACUACGGAUAGUUUGGCUAACCGAGACCGCUGUCGAGUCGGUCAGAUCUCGCUUUUCGAUGGACCAUUGGCUCAGUAUGGCGAAGGAGGCAAGUACGGUGACCUAUUCGUCGCUGCAUUAAAAUCGUAUGGAAUGCUGUGCAUUGGAUUGUACAGGUUUCGAGAUACGAGUUCAUCGGCUGACGCUUCUUCAAAACGCUAUGUUAUAACUAAUCCACCUGAUGAUUUCACAUUAUUACCUACUGAUCAGGUUUUCGUGUUAAUGCAGUUCGACCCUGGUCUCGAAUACAAACCGAACAGAGGAGCUCGUGGAAAAGAUGACGCUUCCUGACUGUUGCUGUGUAGCGCCCUCACUGAUGGACCGUAUUCUUACAUCUAAAUCGAUGUAAGAACUGUCAAGCAACAUUUAUCAUUUCUCGACCAUCUAUAAUCUUUGUCUCGAGUGAACCACAGACAUUAAUAAAUUAAUACAAAUAAAAAAUUCCACCAAAAUACAUUAAUAGUUGAGAUCCAACUCAAAAUAAAGUAUCAAACACGUUAGAAUUUAUUUGUGAGUUAGCAUCAACUAUUAAUUUAUUUUCCAAUUAAAAAAAUGACAAAGACUGAAGAUUAAUGAUCGGGAAAUGAUACUAUGGAAUAUUCUAUCCUGAGGGCUGCUACACUUCAAAAGUAGUUAAUCUAAACGUUUUAAAUUAUACUCACUAUGGAAAUUGCUCAUUAAUCAUCAACUGAAAAGUAUUUAAACAGAAAAUAUGUACGUUUGAAAGGCACAAACUCUUUUUAUCUGGAAUUACGUCCACUCAUAAAAAUCCUUUUUGCAUAAUCUGCUGACAAUCGAAAAUCAAUUACUCUAAUUGGGCGUAAUGAUCCCUACUAGCUGAUUCAUUAUAAAAAUCUAAAGUAAUGAAAUGUCACCACAGAAACUGUGAAUCAAAAAUAUAUAAAAAAAUUAUAGGCCUCGAUGAAAGUGUUUACGUGUGAAAAUCCACCAGUGAUUAUAUUUUAGUCUCAAGUGAUAAAAUCGAAGUAAUUAAAUAAACAUAAUAAAUUAAUAAAUAAAUUCUUCACAAUUAACUUUGAACAUUUUCACGAAGAGAAGAUAAAAUUUCUCUUUUAAUAAAAUGAUAACUGUGAAUAUUAAAUAAACAACAAAAUGAAUAACCACGAAUUGAAAUAUUUAAUCGGCAUUGCAAAGUGCGGGUCGUAUUUUUACCUCGUGUGUCUUGUUUGCGACUGACGAAAAUAAUAAUAAUAAUAAUAGAUAAAUAUUUAAAAUCAUUAUAAUUUUAUUGAACAUUUAAAAAAAUUACACAAGAGCCUAUGAGUCUCUGCGUAUUAACACUAAUUAAAUUUAUUAGCAUAACAACGUAAAUCGUAAUUUCAUAAAAACUAUAGUAAUAUUUAAUAACAGAAAUAGAAAUAAAAAAAACCCUUUUCCACAAUGAUGCGUAAGUUAAAUCGGUUAUAAUUAUAAUUGUACAUGUCGUAAAACCAUACGUAAUAAUAAUUAUGAUAUAUAGGCGUAUAUAAACACUUUUUCUGUCUCUUUUAUAUAUUUUUGUGAAACUCACGUGUAUAUAUGCGGACAUAAUAUUAUAUAAGUAUAAGUUUCAAUAUAUAAAUAUAUAUAUAAUUAAAUUUAAAUAAUUUGAUAAAAUACAGAGGGUGCGUACACAUGUCGUACAAUUACACGGAGAGAAAAGAAUAGUUAUAAAUCCUAUGUAGAAUGGUAACCAUUACUAUGUUACAUUUAGCGUCGAGAGUCACGAGACGGAGUAAUCUCCCCCAUUCUACAUGGUAACGUUGGCUAUGCUAGCAUAGGAAUGAUUACCAUUCUACAUUGACGAGAGAACUAUGCAAAUGGACAUGACUACAAUGUUACCUAGCAACACUUACGAUCUUUUAUUUAUUUUAUAUUUAGUAAAUAAGGUUAUGACAAAAUAAAUAACUCAAGUUACUUUAAAUAUAUGUGGAAAUUGAAUUAAUCUAUUGGAAUAAUUAAAAUAUUGCUCACAAUGAAAUAUCAUUUUUUGAUAAAAGAUAAAGAAUAAUUUAAGGUAGUUGUCCUGCUACAAUAUUGUCAAAAAGUUAUGAGUCAUAUACGCGGUAAGAGUAGGUUAGGUGGUAGUUAAAACGAGACACGCUUUUGUUUGAUACUGUACCCGUGAGAAGUUUACCUACACACUACUCAUAUAUACGUAUACACAAAUACUAUUGAACAUUUUCAUAAAUUAAAAUUUGACAACGUCGCAUAUACUCUGCCAGUUGCUGUAUAGUGUACUGAGUAUGUUUAAAUUUACCGCUCAAAUAAUACUAUGUAUACUCGCGUGCAGUGUUGUCAGAUUGUUAUUUUCCAAUUCACCGACAUGUAUAUUUUUUCAUUUAUUGUUAAACUUUGCGUUGCUAUAUUUGAACAAUGAGAUGGUGAAUACUUAAUUUUUUUUUUUUAAAUAAAUUCAGGACAAAUUCAUUAAUUUUCUGUUAGUUUUUCAAAAGUUUCUGACUGUUAGUUUUUUUAUUAGAAUCACGAACGCGACUUGAAACACAUACUCCUCAUUGCUCGCAAUGUUAAUGAUACGAAAACUAUGAUUAUAAAUAAUUCAAAUUAGAGAUGGUCAAUUGACUUCAAAUUUUAAUGGUAAUUGUAUCUUAAUACCCUUAAUAAGUAUAAAAAAUUUUAUAACUUUCUGACACUAUGCCCAUCACCCGACAACUACCUUAAAAAAUUAUAAUGUUUAGUAAUAAACAAUUUAUUUACCUGGUUUGUUUACUUCGUUGUCUUAUAUAUAUUUAUUAAACUGUAAUUAUAGCCAUUCAAGCAUGGGACUGAGUAGCAUUCUACAUAGCCCUGAUUCCCACGUUAGAUAGCGAUUUUUACCAUUUCACUUGUUUCAAUGUAACAUAGUCAUCAUUACUAGAAAAAUGGUAAUGGUUUCUAUUCUACGUAGCAUUAUUUACCAUUUUACAAAAAAUAAGUCUGGUUACUAUGUAAAAUGGUAAUAAUUACUAUUCUUUUCUCUCCGUGUACAUUAUUUAAGGAACUCUAAAAAACACACAUGAUAUUUUUGAUCGAAGAAGUAUAAUGAGUUUAAAUUUAAAAACAUAAUGAGUGUUAUAAAAAUUGUGUGUAAAUUAUGAGCGAUGGCUAUCAGCUGGUCACUUUAUCGGGGAUAAAAAAUUGAGUUGUGUGAAAGAAUUAAAAAUUAUAAUGCAUUGAAAGUAUGAAAAAUGAAAAAAUUAAGUAACAUAAAUUAAUGAAGAAAGAAACAUUAAAUAUGUGAGGUUAUGAAAAGAAUUGAAUAAACUAGCUGUGGUUAAUUCUGCCAUGUUCGUAUAUUAAAUGUAGCUAUAAUACCGUUUGUAACUGCUGCCGCUACUGUUACAGCCGCUACUGCUGCUGUUGCAAAUAUUCACGUGCACUGUUCACUGCCACUGCAGUACGAGUUAUGUAUAUAUAUGUAUGUAUAUAAAUAUUGGCUGUCCCUACUUGAGGUCUUUUUUAAUUUCACUGAUAUCCGGACACAAACUACUUGGAAUUAAAAAAAAAAUUUCCUGCAAUUCGGGUCUCUUAUUUCGAUUUGAUAUGUGCCUGCAUGUAAUUUUGCCAUCGGAAUAACAUGAAAUUUGUGGCAGAAAAUAGAUUUUUUAUUGUGACUGACGUAAGAGUUAAACCAGUUGAAACAAUACACCGUAAAAAAUCGGAAGUGAUUACGGAUUUUAUUUAAAUCUGAAUGCACUCGGAAUUCUGAAGUUUUUAAAAGUGCCAACGAGAUGACUUGUGGAAGAAUUAAUGGCGCUGAAUGUGCGUAACUGAAGCACACUCAAUGCUUCGCAUCUGGGGUGCGCAAUUUUAUGAGCCCAAUAAAGCUAGGUUACCUUAUUUGAAUUUUAUUCAUUCUCAUAAACUUAUUUUCUGGGUUAGUUUAACAGAUAAAAUUUUUUAUGUCCUCAAAAAGGAAUGCGCGUUUCGGUAUUUUAUUACCCCAGCAGAUUUCGUUUACUGUUUUUACAGUAAUAUGCGACAUUUUACCUUAAAAUGUUUUAUUUUAUCGCGAUAAAAUGCUACGCGUAGCUGGCAGUUAUGUAGAGUCAUGUGCAGACUAGAUUUGUAAUAAACAAGGGUUAAUGGAUUGCAUACCUUUAAAAUUUUUAAAUAAAUAACUUUCUUUUGUUUUUGCAGAAUUCUAUUCAUACUUUCAAAAAUUAUUUUAAAAAAUAAUGUUGUAAUUACUUGUGGGUAAUUUUUACUCAAAAAUUCUUUGCGUGUUGAAAAAAGAUGCUUUAAAAAAAAUAAAAUUUUCAAAUAGGUUUUAACUCUUGGAAUUCUAGACUAAUUAGUAAAAUAAGAGAUCUGAUUUAAUAUCAUGAAGUGACUCUGUGAGCUUCAAAAUUAGAAAAUACCUCAAGUAAGGACUUAGCCUAUAUAUGUAUAUAUAUAUCGAGAAUAUAAAUAUUGUGAUGUUUACUUUAACUUUCAAAAAUUCUACCUUCAACACAAUGAUUUGCGUUAAAUUAAAUAGCUUAAACGAAGCUUUAAGCAUAAUUGAGAAUCACUUAUAUUUAUAUAAGACUACACUGUAAAAAAAACCGGGGUAAGUCCAGGCGGUGUAGGUGUUGAAAUUUUAUGUGUUGAAAUUUAACUACAAUUUCAAUACCGAAAGCGGUGUUAAAAUAAUACCGCCGAAGGUGUAAAUAUUCUUUACCGGUGUUAAAAUAUUUUUCGGUGUUGAAUGUAUUUUACAUUGUGAAUUCAUUUACUUACUCGAUCACUACAGUUAAUUAGUGUUUUUAUUAAUUAAUUAAAUUAUUGGUAAUUGAAAUGGUGGGGGUGAAAUUGUAUAAUUUUUAAAUAAAUUACGUAUGACAUAAAUAUUUAUUUAAAUAAGUACACUCUCUAAACAUGAAUAAGAGAACUAAGUGAGUAUUCACUAAUUCAUGUUUAGAGAGCAUAGCAAAAUUUAAAUUUCCUCCAGAUAAUAUUCAUUAAAUAUUUAUAUUAUUUUAUAUAUAAAAUAUUAAACACCGUCAAAUUACACCACCAACACCGGUGUUAUUUCAUUUUAACACCGCUCUUUUUACAGUGUAGAAAUUAUUUAUCUUCUCUUUAAUUUAUCAUCAUCAUAUGGAAUUUUAUUUUAGUCUUUUAUUUAAAUCCAAUAUGAUAAGUUCUGAAGAAAUUUUGAAAGUUAAGGAAAAAAAUGCUAUCCCGAGUAAAAUAUUUCUAUUUAUACCAUUAUAUGGCCACUUAAAUGAUAAUAAUGGUAACGAUGUGAGAUUUAUGUGAGAAUUGUUUGAGCUAACAGUAUUUAUUGUGUGAAUCAUAAGAAGAAAUAUUAUUAAGUAUGAUUUUCUACUAUGAAAUAAAUUUAAAAAAGUAAUAAUCGAAGAAAUUAAUCACGUGUAUUAUCAAUUGUAUUCAAAUCUAAUAGCCGCUUGGAAAAUUCAAACGAAUUGCAAUGGAUGUUUUGAAUUUUAUCAGUUAAGAUAAAGUGUUUGGACUUAAAUUUUUGUUUUAAAAAAAAUGACACAUGUGACGAUCCCCUCGAGAAAUGAAACUUGAACAUAGAUUAUUAUAAGAACUACAUAAUUAUUAUAAUUGACGAGGAAUUUAAUAAUUCAUCGACAGUUUUUUAUUACCUCACCUCGAGGGGACAUAUCAAAAUUCAAAUAUUAAAUUAAUGCGUUAAUUCGAAAUAAAUUUUACGUAAAAAAAAAUGUCAAACGCCUUGUGUAAAGUUGUAGAAUAACCGUAAUCUCGUAUAGCUGUGAACCAAUCGAGUUUCGUUUUACCCUACAUAAUUUUUUUUUACCCAUGAAAAAACACAUAAAUUAAAUAAGUGCACAAACAUUCUAAUAACUUAUAUUAUAAUUUUAAUCGUAAACGUAAAUAUAAGAAAUUAAUGAGGAAGAUUUUUUACAAAGUAAAUUAUAUCAAUUUGAAUUUAAAUUUAAAGAUUUUUAUGAAAAUUAUAAUUUGUAUUGAAGUUGAUGUGGUUCGCACGUAUCAUAAAAAAAAUUAUUCGCACUCUUUUUAAUAAUGAAAUCAUGCACUCGAAUUUAUUUAUUCUUAAAAAAUUAUAAAAAUCAUUAAUUAGAAGUUAUAUUAAUUGUAACCAAUUUAUCGUGCUAUGAGUGCAUCUUAUUGUGUAAUCUGUGUGGAUGUAUGAGUAUGGGUGAAAAAAGUCUGAGCCUGAUAUAAAAAAUAUGAUUAAAAAAAAUAAGAUAUUAAAUUUACGAUGAAGGCUGGAUAUAACUAAUAAUAAUCGAUCAAUCUCAAUGUUAUUCGGGAUUGCCAUAGAUGUAUAAAAAAAAAAAAAAAAAAAAAAAAAAAAAAAACAAA